AUGGUUGUAGGACUCAAAGUUCCAUUACCAACGAACGAAGAACUAGAAUGCGAAGAAGUUAAUUUAGGAGCUCCUACUCUGAAAGCUGGCGCUUUUCAUCUGGGUAAAUACUGCGAAGAGAAAAAUGACGAAUUUAUGCUUUGUCGUAAAGAAGAAGGCCGAAUUAAAUGCGUUAACGAAGGCAAAGAAGUAACCGCCUGCACUAUGGAUUUCUUUCGCAAACUAAAGAAGUCCUGCGCUCCGGAAUUGAAAGCCUAUGCUUACUGCAUCGAUCAGUCUAGCGUAAGAUACACGUAUUACCCUUGUCGUAAAACUCAAAUUGCAUUCGACCAAUGUGUAUUGGAGAAUCUGGGUAUCGAACGUCCCAUUUAUUGGUAUUACACUCGACCCAGAGUAUUCGAAUCGAAGAUACGGCCUGAACCAGCACCGGAGGUACGACCCGUGUUUCCGAAUAGACCCACUGCUCCUAUACCGGAAGAAGGAUUACCAGACCCUAUACCUGGUAAAAUGAAUUCUAGAUAUUGGUUUUUCUCAUAGAUCGCAGCGAUUUAGUAAUAUCCAGAGAGAUGAAAUCAGUUGGAUUUAUUUCGUACAUAUUGUUAGUUUAAAUCAGUCUUACGAUGAGUUUUUUAUCGACGUGAUUGUACCCAUUCGUCGUAAAACAGUCGACAUGUCAGUCGAUGAUUAUUUUUUUCUGUUUCAAUAAAUUAUUCAAAAAUUGAAA